GUUGAAGUUGCCGGGUGCAGUGUGCUGCAGAGGCAUGGCGAAGAGCAAGUUUGAGUAUGAGAGGGAGUUCGAGGCGGCGGACACAUGUCUACCCAACUGCUGGGUGGUGGUGAGAGUGGACGGGAGGAACUUCCACAGGUUCUCGGAGCAGCAUAACUUUGUGAAACCCAAUGAUAUCCGUUCUAUCCAGCUCAUGAACCGCUGUGCACAGAACGUGAUGGAGGAACUGAAAGACAUCUGUCUGGCGUAUAGACAAAGAGAUGAGUACAGCUUUGCCUUUCACAAGAAAUCUAACUGGUACAAAAGACGCGCAAGCAAGUUUAUGACACAUGUGGUUUCACAGUUUGCCUCCAGUUUUGUCUUCUACUGGAAGGAGUUCUUCCCGGAUCAGCAGAUCUUGUACCCUCCUGGGUUUGACGGUAGAGUGGUAUUGUAUCCCAGUGAGCAGAACCUAAAGGAUUAUCUCAGCUGGAGACAAGCUGACUGCCACAUCAACAAUAUGUACAACACUGUGUUCUGGAUGCUGGUCCAGAGGGGAGGAUUAACUCCAGCGCAGGCUCAGAAAAGGCUACAGGGAACACUUUCUGCCGAGAAGAAUGAAAUCCUAUUUUCAGAGUUUAACAUCAACUACAAUAAUGAGCCUUUAAUGUACAGGAAAGGAUCAGUCAUCCUAAAAAGGAAGGUAAAUGAAAUCAGCAAGAAGGUAAUAAAGCUAGAAGGUGAGGAGGAGAGAGAAGUGGAGGUAUCUCGCUUACGGAACCAAUUUGCCAUUCUGCAAUGUGAUGUCAUUGGUGACAAGUUUUGGGAAGAAAACCCAGAUAUAAUUUUCUGGUGAAAGCUGAUGAAGGUGUUUUCCACCUGUUUUUUUUUUUCCUUUCUGCUUCUUGACGAGGUAGCAUAAUUAACACCACUGGGAUGUAUGGACCAA